CAGCGCCAUCUGUUGGGCACGCUAGGAAGAUUCUCCACUGGCUGCCCCUAAUUUUGUUGCGGCUGGGGAGUGUGUCGCGACAUGUAGUACAACUCCUUUUACCGGCGUGGAUUUUCGCCACAUUUAACAAGUUUUGCAAAUUUUUUUUGGAGAAGGAAACCGCCAGGAGGCCUCGUUUGGAUUCGGUCGGAGACGUGCUGCAUGUGGGCGGUGCUUAGCGCUCCCAUUUCCGGAGGUUGCUCCAGCCAGUCACGGCACUCCGCUCAGCUCCUCUCAGCUGCGAUGCCAGCCGCUCACUCCCGCCGUUCGGGUCCGAGAGGUGUCCUGCAUCGGUGGUGAGCCUUCUCGCGGGAAUCACAAGUUGGACGCUGACCUCUCAUGAACGAGGCGGUUCGGACGCGUGCUACUUCCCCUUAAAGCUUCGCUUCGUGGAAGAAGAGGCGCGCGAUGAUUCCCGUUCCCGGCUUGAGGACCGUGGAGACCUCCCAAGGCAUCGGUCAUGCUCUCCGGAUUCCGUUGUAAGCUCUGAAGCAGAGGCGUUGUCUCCCGAUGCUACGUCGGAACAAGGGGACACGCAGAGUCACCCCCCGCUGACCACGGACUCGACGCCUCGGGGCAGCACAUGGCCGACGCAGCAAGGUGAGGGUGCGGCCGGGAGCGUGAAUCGUCGAGACCCCGCAAUUAAACCGCAUGGAGGUCAAAGGCCAUCUGAUUACAUCCAUGGGUUUGGUGGGCGCUCUGGAUGCGCAAGUGCGCCACGACGGCAAGCUGCAGGCCGAGCGGGUUGCGGCUCUGCAAGAGAGGAAGCAGGCCCUGGAAGCUCUGCUUCACACUCGCGUCGAGGAGCUCAAACUUGUUUGUUUCCAAGAAGCGGAGCUGACGGGGAAGCUGCCGCAAGCGUUCCCCCUGGAGACGGGGGAGAAGCCCCCAACAGUGCAGCGCAGAGCCGGCAUGCCUCCUCCCAACCGCGGGACAGAAGUAAGUCAACACCUCCGACGUUAUGUCAUGGUGCGGUCGCCGUUUGCGCCGUCCUCCAACGCCUCGGACUGUGCCCGGCCGCAGGACGAAGUCGCCCAGAGAAGGCAGAUGAAAGCGAUGUUGACCGGCGCCCUGUACAGACACAAAGAGUCGGACAGAAACCUCCCCAACAGCAAGAGGACAGUUCACCGGGGCUGUCACACAGAGGACGGCGUCCUGUCGGAGAGUACGAGCUCCAUGUCAGAUUCAACGUCGCAUGACAAUGAGUGCUCCCCCGGCGUGGUUGCCGAUCAGCGCUCUCUGUCGCAGCCUCGGCUCAGCGUGGGCAGCCCCGACCACAGGAUCUGCAAGAAACUCUCUCCCGUCGAGAUUUACUACGAAAUGAGGACGCGGCGUAAUUCCGUCACGAGCUCCGUCAGUCCAACUCACUCUUUACCAAGAAGCGCGUCGAACGUCGAAGGCAGAAGUGUUCCAGCUACGCCGCUCUUGGCCCGGACCGCACCAAUCAGUGUUCACGUCAGGUCCGACGUGUCAGGGAGCAACGGGUUGAAACAGUGGUCCGGCAGUCUGGAUGUGCCCUACAUGAUCCCGCUGGCCCAGGAGGGCUCCGCUUCGGACCGUCGAAGCGGCCUUUACAACUCCAAAGCCAGACGCAGUAACAGCUCGGAGGCCCUGCUGGAUCGGUCCAGCCUCCCGGACGAUCCGGCACCGCGAAAUGGCAUGCACCCGAAAGGGGGGCCCUACAAGAGCUCGGAAACGCUGACGGAUGGGAAACUACGACACGUUCACCCGAGCAGCCCCGAGAAACAUGCGGACGGGUCGGGGGAGCAGGCCAAAAUGCGCCUGUCCGUGGGGGGCCGAGGGGCUGGGGUGGGCUACAACGACCUGUUGAUGGACUACAUCUGGGGAAAGCAGCAAAGGAUGCAAGUGCAGCACAACCUCUUCCAGUCCCCGGGCAGGAUGUGGCAGGACCUGCCCUCUCACUGCUCCUCCAGCGGAGGAGUCGCUCCCCACGCGAACGGUUUCUCCCAUUCCCAGGUGCAUCUGCCGAGCGCCGCCCCUCCUUACAGCCCCGUGGUCGGCCGAGGCGCUCAAGCCGACAUGCGCAGGGUCAAGGUCACCAGAACCAAAUCUUGUGGACCCUUCAUCCCUUUGCAGCAGGAUGCCGCCCUGCUGUCGGCGUACGAGUCGCACCUUCCCGCCCCCGGGACCACCGCAUCCUCCAUUCCCAACCUGCUCCCCUACCAGACCGAAGUGUCCGGCCACGCUUUCCUUCGAAGACCCCCGCAAUUCUCCCUUCCGACCCCUGAGGACUCAACACGAAGCCUCCACAAAGCCCUGGCUCUGGAGGGACUAAGAGACUGGUACCUUCGGAACGCCCUUGGAUAUCCUCCCAAGGGCCACGAAGCAGGGAUUUCACGUCUGUCGCACCCCCACCCUCUGGCGCUCCAGGCCCAGUCUGUUCAAGGCGAAGCAGGCAACCUUCACAGGCCUCAAAUGUCCCAGUCAAUCAGCUUCCACGGCCACCCGCUGCACGGCAGGUCGAUGGAGCUGUCCCUCUAUCAGGAGGCUCCUCACCCGCAGACGCAAGAAGGGGCCCCGAAGGAGCCCAACACAGACCCGGGCACCCUUGUCUGAAGCAGAGGGACACACACACACACACACACACACACUUUGCAAACCCAAAGUACCAAGCAUCGACCCCAAGUAAAGACUUGAACAGGGAAACAAAACAUGGCGACCUCAGCAGAAAAAUGACCGUAACAAACGACGGUAAGCCGUACAGCGUGAAAAGCCUCGUCGGAGUCAAUUCCAUUGUCUCUGUCAGGAGUGCUUCCGACAGAGGUGAGCAUUUACUGAGAAUAUUGUCAAGCCGUACCUCCAGAAUCCUUCACAAUAUCCUCCUCGCUACGAACAGAGAGAAGUCUCCCCACAUAUAGUUUUUGUACGAGCUUAAAACACUAUUUUGUAUCUUCUGAGCUAUCAAAAAGUUCUAUUAAAGAGAUAAUAUAUUGCUCAUUAACCACAUGUGUUCUGCAAGCAUUACUACAUGCAAGUGAACGUGUGUUUGUGGACGAUUACAAGGAGAAAAAAAAAAGACCUCAAUCUUCAUCUGUGAUUAAUUUGACAGCCAUUCCUAUUUGUCAAUGUUGACGUACGAAACGGGCCAUGAACUCAAGCUGACCAGAGUAGCAGAUGGGAGUGCCUCGUCGUUUUAAACAGAGCAAAAUGAACCAUUGCUUGGAUGACUUUGAAGUGCUUUCUAAUGAUCCGUACCACUUGUAUUAAGCCUCUCGGUUUUGAAUCGAAUCCAGUGAAGCAGAUCGCGAUGUCAC